GACGCCGCCUGUCCCCCUGCACCCCUCUCGCUCAGUCUAUUUAUAGCGCUCGUCCGCACCGGCCCAUUUCGGGUAGUGUGGUCAGCUUGCCCUGCCGCGCCCUUGCUACCCCGCGCCGUGCCUAGUCACGGUGCCAUGGCGGCGGAGCGAGCGGGGCCGGGCAGCAGCCAGAAUGUUUCAUGGCAUCUCCAUUGAUUUGUGAGUAAUCAGAAAUGCAAAUGACUCCUCAGGAAUCAAGCUAAGCCCAAAGAAACCUUACUUACCAAUUUCAAGGAGUGCAUCAUGGAGUGCAAGACUAAGGGAAAACACCAGCAUAGCUUGAACUUGCUAGAUAAAAUUAAGACUAUGAGAGAGUUAGAAGAAAUGAUUGACGUAGUGCUCAUAGCAGAAGAGGAGAAAUUUCCUUGCCACCGACUGGUCCUCACUGCCUUUAGUCCUUAUUUCAAGGCUAUGUUCACCUGCGGGCUACUCGAGUGCACUCAGAGGGAGGUCAUACUCUAUGACAUCACAGCGGAAAGUGUGUCAGUGAUCCUAAACUACAUGUACAGUGCUGUUCUGGAGAUCAAUAAUGCCAACGUACAGACCGUAGCAAUGGCCGCCUAUUUUAUGCAGUUGGAAGAAGUCUUUAGUGUGUGUCAAAACUAUAUGAUGGACCACAUGGAUGCCUCCAACUGCAUAGGAAUUUAUUACUUUGCAAAACAAAUUGGAGCAGAAGAUUUAUCUGAUCAGUCGAAGAAGUAUUUAUAUCAGCACUUCGCCGAGGUAAGCCUUCAUGGAGAAAUACUAGAUAUCGAAGCUCACCAGCUUCUGGCACUCAUUAAGUCUGAUGAUCUGAAUAUAUCCAGAGAAGAGAGCAUUCUGGACUUGGUUCUGAGAUGGGUAAAUCAUAACCAAGCUUUGCGCACAGAGCAUCUCGUUGAGCUUUUGAAGCAAGUCAGAUUGGAACUUAUCAAUGCUUCCUUUCUAAGACAGGCCCUCAGAAGGAACACGAUGCUCCUUUGUGAUGGCAGUUGCAUUGAUAUAAUCCAGAAUGCGUUCAAAGCCAUCAAAACACCCCAGCAGCACUCCUCUAACCUUCGCUAUGGCAUGGAGACCACCAGCCUACUGCUUUGCAUUGGGAACAAUUCUUCUGGAAUCAGAUCACGGCACAGAAGCUAUGGGGAGGCCAGUUUUUGUUAUGACCCCGUGUCACAGAAGACCUAUUUUAUCUCAUCGCCCAAGUAUGGGGAGGGUUUGGGGACAGUGUGCACAGGGGUAGUCAUGGAGAACAAUACUGUGAUUGUGGCUGGAGAAGCCACUGCCACUAGGCUUUCCAGGCAAAAGAGCAAGAAUAUUGAAAUCUAUAGGUAUCAUGAUAGAGGAAACCAGUUUUGGGAGAAGUUAUGCACAGCUGAAUUUCGAGAGCUCUAUGCUCUGGGCAGCAUCCAUAAUGACCUCUAUGUCAUAGGAGGACAGAUGAAAAUUAAAAACCAGUACCUCAUAACAAACUGUGUUGAUAAGUACUCUGUAGAUGAAGACAACUGGAAACGAGUAUCCCCCCUCCCACUGCAGUUGGCUUGUCAUGCUGUGGUGACAGUGAACAAUAAACUGUAUGUCAUCGGAGGCUGGACCCCUCAGAUGGAUCUUCCUGAUGAAGAGCCUGAUCGAUUAAGCAACAAACUGUUGCAGUAUGACCCCAGCCAAGAUCAAUGGAGAGAGCGGGCACCCAUGCAGUACUCUAAGUACCGAUUCAGUGCAGCCGUCGUCAACAGUGAGAUCUAUGUUCUGGGUGGAAUUGGCUGUGUGGGCCGGGACAAGGGACAAGUUCGGAAAUGCCUUGAUGUGGUGGAGAUCUAUAACCCCGAUGGGGACUUCUGGAGGGAAGGCCCACCUAUGCCAAGUCCCCUCCUCUCACUGCGAACCAACUCCACCAGUGCUGGGGCCGUGGAUGGGAAGCUCUAUGUCUGCGGUGGAUUUCAUGGAGCAGAUCGCCAUGAGGUUAUCUCCAAAGAGAUUCUGGAGCUGGACCCUUGGGAGAACCAGUGGAAUGUUGCAGCCAUCAAUGUCCUCAUGCACGACAGCUAUGACGUCUGCCUGGUAGCUAGGAUGAACCCCCGAGACCUCAUCCCACCGCCCUCAGAUCUGAUCGAGGAAGAUGAUGACCGCAGAGGGCAAAGAUGAGGAACUCGAAGCUAGAGGAGCUACGGCGAGAGGAGCCGUGGCCUGGCAGCCAUGCUUGAGCUGCUCAGAAUGCAAAACGCAGCAUACUGUGUGGCGCUGACAUUCUCAUUGCAUGCAUAGUGGCCCCUAUGUAAAGUGGCAUUGAGCAGUGGCAGGGGUGGGGGGGUCGGGGUCUUCCCUCAGGGACAUCUCAGUCUGGUAAAGUAGAUAUGGCAGAGCAGGGCAGACAGUGAGGAUUCAUCGGGGUAGGACAGAGUGCAGAGGAGGCAGCACCCUGCUCUGCUUGGGACUCAAGUACUGCCAAGCAGUCCCUUGAGUGCUUUUAAUGACGAGGUUGUGGGAAAGGACAGUCAAAGGUUCUCAAGAAGGAAAGCUGCUGCAUCUCUGUGGCAUCUAGUCCAGCCUGGCCACACUGCUUGCACACAGGAUUUGCCGCUGAAAGGUUAUAACUAGGUGGCCAAUGUCUGAAAUAGGAAGGUGCAUAGGCCUGGGCCUGAGUAGAAGAGCCAUCUCUCUUGGGGCUUUGCUCCAGCUCAGUCUGUCUGUUAGAACUCCCCUGAACGACAUACAGCAGCAGUGCCCACUGUGGCCCUGCCUGUGGCCAAAUGUUCAUGCCUGGAACCCUGUUGCCAUGGGCCAUGGUGAGAAGAUCAUUCCUGGACCCAGAGGGGGGCCCCUUGGGCUUAAUACUGACUGAUAGACUGAGCUUGCUCUCAGCUGUACUGGACCUUCCUUGGAUGGAGCUGAAUGCAGCAUGUCUAAACACAGGAACCCAGAGUAGGGUCGGAAUGAGGAGGGAAGAGGAGUAAUUGGCUACCUGCCGCCUCCUUCAGAUCCCAGCCCAGGCUGGGAGGUAGACGGGGAGCUUACUCCAGCCCAAGCAUCAUGCACUGAGCCCUCCCCAGAUAUAUUAGGGGUAUCUGCAAUUCAUAUUUCUGGAUGCACAGCAGAUCCAUUUACGUGGCUGUUCUCUAACGUCACAAAAGCUCCUAUGUAAGCAGUAUGGAUACCCUGGGAUCUUCCCAGAGGCCAGCAGACCCUGCACGGAGACAGCUCUUUAUCAAUGUGCACUCUCCAAGUUCCAAUCUCUCUGACAGGAGAGGGGAGCUCAAUCAAACUGGAGCCGCUGACACCAAGGUGUUCUGCCCCCUGUCCCUGCACAGGUAUGCCCCCAGAAAGCUACACUCUUAGAGGCAGGAGCCACAUCUGUCUCUCUGAGGUUACCCCCUGAGUCCCUAUCACAGUAUCUGGCACAUGGAUGGAAUUUCAGGUGACUGAAAUAAGUAACAUUUCUAAGCCAGGAUCUUGGCCUCUGAGCUUGUCUGGGACUUUGAGUUUCAAUAUCCUCCUUGUGCCUCCCCCCAGUGGAGGGUGCUAAUGUGAGGGUUCCUUUUCUCAGGGCAAAUCAGAGCUGCUCCAGAUAGGCUGGGCAGAAGCUCUAUAGGGAGGGUCUCUGUCCCCUGAGUCCCCUCCAGAAUCUCUGUUCCCGUUCACCUACCCGAGCAUACUUGUCACCUGGGUCAUGGACUGCAGUGUAUCUUCUGAAUGCACAGCCAGGGCCACGGCAGAGCUUUCCAGAUCUUACCUUCCUCAUAUGCAGAAUGGGAAGGGAAACCCCACAUUCUUUACGAAGUUGGUAUAUGGACUGAGUGUGAAAACACUGGACGCAAUGUGUUAAACAGGUUUUAACUGCCGGCUGUGUUACUGAUCAGUCCUUCCUGGGACAAAGUGUAGAACAGAACCCUGGACCUUAGGGAAUCUCACAUCUCAGGGAGAGAUGUGAUGGUUUAAGGUGGUUCUAAUUUCCCCUGUGCUUGGUUCCUUCGGUGGUGAAUCCCUUGGGACUGUAGGCCCUUAAGAUCAUCAGCAGAUGCCUCUGAGGCAUUACCUGGUAGUGAGUACCAUCCUAGGCUAGGACACCACUGAUGUCUAUGCUAGGGUGUAUUGGAAGGGAACUUCCUAGGGAAUGCUAAGGGAGGACAAAGGAGAGUGGCUGGUCACCCUGGAGCAGACAUGCCCUAGAGCUGCUUCAGCAGCGGACAGGAGGCAGGAGCUGGGAGGAUUCUCAGGCUUAUCCCCAGCAGGUCCAUCCAAGGUCUCAGAUGCUUGAUAUGAAUUCCCUUCUACAUCCAGAACCCAGAGUCCAAGCUCACUAGCUCUGGGGCUCACUUUCAGCUCUGGGGCUUCUUGUCUGCCUUUCCUAUUUGUGAUUCAAACUGACCUGUGCUGCCCUCCUGGAGAACUAUUGUUAGAGAUUCCAUUUGGACAGACCUUCCUGCCACCCGUCACUGGCAUUGAAGGUGUUCUGACACUCGGGAAGGCCUCUUAGAAAUGUCUACUAUUGGGGCUUCUUAUCUUUGUGACUCAGGAUUGCUGGACGCCUAGUAAGAAAACACAAUGGGGAAGCAAUUUGGAUGCUUGGCUGAUAAAGGACUGCAGCUGUCAGCCAUCCUGACUCAGUUUGUGCUCAGCAAGAGGCGGCAUUGUUCUCAGGCUGACUUUAUAAUGAGGAGAUGCUCUGAGUGCAGACUUAUAAAAUACAUUUUUGCUAAUGAA